UUCGAGAGUGUGGCACUCAAUGCGGGAGAGAAGAAGUUUUCUUGGCUUCUAAUAGUUGUUGCGAUUCGAAGCACAGUCAACCUCUGGACAUCCACCUGCGAGGAGCGGAGGUAUAACGACCCCCGUAGGAAAAAAAAAAUUUUUUUUUUUUUAAUUACAUAUGUAUAUGUAUUAUUUUAAAGAAACCGGUAUAAAGUGAAAAGUGUGUGUGUGCGUUGGUGUAUGUGCGCAAGUUGUGUAUAUGACAAACACAUGAUAUGAAACGGACAAGUUGAGAAAACUCAAGUGACCCAGUUUAAAAUCUUGUUUUUUCCAAUUUUUAAUUGAAAAUAACAUUGAGAAUCGAUUUCCCUGAAUUUCCCUUUAUUUAUUUUCUAAUUUUCACCCUCCGCUUAUAACAACAUUAAGACACGUAUAUUUAAUGCGACCGCUCGACAAUCACUGUGAAUCAACACUCUUGAGGAUUAUUUUUAUUUAUUAGUGUGGUGAAAAUUUUAAGGAAUUUUGUUAUUUAAUUUUUGGUUUUUUUUUCGAAAUUGACAAUUAUUCUUUUUUCUUUUUUGGAAAUCAUGGGAACUCGACAAAUAAUUUCUGUGAUGGCUGAUUAUUUUGGAGUAAUUCUACUAUUAAUAGGAGCCAAUCACGUAUUAGGAGCAAAAAAAUGCGAGGGCAAUGGACUGAAGUACGUUUGGGGUGACGCACUCACCGAUUCAAUUGACUGUAUAGGACCAAAUAAUAUGCAAUAUCCUUCGGCGGCAAUAACGCGAAACUUUAAAAGUCUUUGGACAGGAAAUAGCCGAGUGGGAAGAUCGCAUCAGCCAAGAACAAUCGACCCUGAAUUAACGAGACAAGCGCUUCUCAGAAAUUAUAAAAUCGCUCAGGGAGAUUAUAGCAUUGCUGCCAACUCCAGAUCCGCACGUGCUUACUCAACGAAGGAAACGUGUGGUUCACCGGCACGAUUAUGUAAGACGAGGUACAAUACCACAGCGCCAAUGUACGGCGUGAGUUUGACGAGUGGACAGCCAGUCACGAUUGUCCAAAAAUUUCCCGAUUUAUUGCAACAAGUUGUAUUUGAGGUUUGCGAAUCGAAGGAAUGCGAACUAAUCCGUGGGGAGUGCACGCAAACGUACGUGCCCUAUCUUUUUUUGGUGAUCCCCCUUGGUCCUGUUACACUCACUGGUCAGGAUUACGUACUCGUUGAAAGUGGCUGUGUUUGUAAACCGAAAAAUUCUGCCAACGCCGUCAAUAAUCCUCCCGUGGUGCCCAAUUUUCAAUAAUAAUUCAAUUUAAAUGAACAAUUUUUCAUUUUUCCUUUUUUUUCACUCGACAACGAAUUUUUUGAAUAUAAAAAAUU